GAAAGUUAGCAGUGUAGAGCGAGAGAGAGAGAGAACAGGAAGCCUUUUCCUUUUUCCACCGGACCUGUCCACGGUGCUGAAGCACCAAUAGAGACGCAAGAGGAGAGAGGAGGGGGGGCCGAGAGUUGAGUGAAAUAGGAAAAUUGCGAAAAUUGCAGCCUGUUGAAGACCUCAUUAAAGAUCCUGAACUCCCUUCCUAUUCUAAUUGCAAAGCCGGUGGUGGAGCCGGUAAUACCCAACCGGUAAGACCCAGCCGGUAAGACCCAGCCGGUAAGACCCAACCGGUAAGACCCAGCCGGUAAGACCCAGCCGGUAAGACCCAGCCGGUGAAAUUCUUACACUUUUGCUCCAAGACCAAUCAAGGUUUGAAGGUUUAAGAAUUUUUUUUUUCCACGUUGGAAUUUUCUAUCUAGGAAUUCAUUUUUUUUUCCGUCUUGGGUCUUUCGUGAAAUGCAAUAUCUCCUCUACACCUCGCCAUUGCUACGGAGCGUAGCGCCAGAGUUUUUUUUAUUGAGGCAUAUGUGAUGCAAAAUGGAUUUUUAAGCAGCGAGAGGACCAAUGCACGGAGCUCUGUAAUAGCCAUGAGACAGCCUUCACUUGCAUUGAGAAGAGAACUCUCUGCCAGGAACACCUUGUAGCCAUUGUCUCCAUCUCCGGGGCUCGGAUCUCACUUUCUUUUUGUUUUUUGUUUUUUUCGCUUUUUGUUUUUUUUGUAGGAUCUUACCUUAGCUUUUGGGUUUUUCUUCUUCUUUUUUUUUUUUUUUGUCUUUUGGAAUAUAAUAGCACUAUGAAAAUUGGCCAUUGCGGUGCAUCCUAGAAUUUGAGAAGACACCUGCUACGACACACCUGAAGCAAUAAUGGAUUCAAUAAAACAAAGGAUUUUAACGCCUGGCAAAGAAGGGCUGAAGACUUUUGCAGGGAAAUCGCUGGGUCAGAUAUACAGGGUUUUAGAAAGAAAGCCUAAAACCAGUGAGAAUAUUGAGCUGACAGAAGAUGGCAAACCAAAGGAAGUGCGCGAAAAAAAGCCACCUGUAUGUGACUGCACCUGCUUUGGGCUACCGCGGCGGUACAUCAUAGCCAUCAUGAGUGGGCUGGGGUUUUGCAUCUCUUUUGGGAUUCGCUGUAAUCUAGGAGUGGCCAUAGUGGAUAUGGUAAAUAACAGCACCAUUCAUCAAGGAGGAAAAAUUAUCAAAGAGAAAGCUAAAUUUAAUUGGGAUCCUGAGGUUGUUGGAAUGAUUCACGGGUCAUUCUUUUGGGGCUACAUAGUAACGCAAAUCCCAGGAGGAUAUAUCGCUUCAAGAUUAGCUGCUAACAGGGUGUUUGGUGCGGCAAUAGUGCUCACCGCCAGCCUGAACAUGUUAAUUCCAUCAGCAGCCAGAGUGCAUUAUGGGUGUGUGAUGCUCGUCAGGGUCCUACAAGGGCUUGUAGAGGGUGUCACCUACCCGGCAUGCCACGGAAUAUGGAGUAAGUGGGCGCCGCCAUUAGAGAGGAGUAGGUUGGCGACCACUUCCUUCUGCGGGUCCUACGCUGGAGCGGUGAUCGCUAUGCCUUUAGCCGGGAUCCUAGUGCAAUACACCGGGUGGUCUUCUGUAUUCUAUGUAUACGGGAGUUUCGGAAUCGUCUGGUACUUCUUCUGGAUUCUGGUUUCCUACGAGAGCCCGGCGGCGCAUCCGACCAUCACGGAAGAAGAACGAACGUACAUCGAAGAGAGCAUUGGCGAGAGCGCCAACCUCAUGGGCGCACUUGAGAAAUUCAAGACUCCUUGGAAAAAAUUCUUCACCUCGAUGCCUGUCUAUGCAAUCAUAGUUGCAAAUUUCUGCAGAAGUUGGACGUUUUACCUGCUGCUCAUCAGCCAGCCGGCGUACUUCGAGGAGGUGUUUGGGUUCGAGAUCAGCAAGGUGGGGAUGUUGUCUGCCGUGCCGCAUCUGGUCAUGACAAUUAUUGUGCCCAUCGGAGGACAGAUCGCCGACUAUCUGAGGAGCCAUAACAUUCUGUCCACGACGACGGUCCGAAAGAUCAUGAACUGCGGAGGUUUCGGGAUGGAGGCAACCCUCCUUCUGGUGGUCGGCUAUUCGCACAGUAAGGGUGUAGCCAUAUCCUUCCUGGUCCUUGCCGUAGGCUUCAGCGGAUUUGCCAUUUCUGGAUUCAACGUCAACCAUCUUGACAUCGCUCCUCGCUAUGCCAGCAUUCUGAUGGGGAUCUCCAACGGCGUCGGCACCCUGUCCGGGAUGGUGUGCCCCCUGAUCGUCGGAGCCAUGACGAAGAACAAAACACGUGAGGAAUGGCAAUACGUCUUCCUAAUCGCAGCUAUGGUCCAUUAUGGUGGAGUCAUCUUCUACGGCUUAUUCGCCUCCGGAGAGAAGCAGCCUUGGGCGGACCCCGAGCAGACCAGCGACGAGAAGUGCGGCUUCAUCCACGAGGAUGAGUUGGAUGAGGAGAGCGGGGACGUUGGUCAAAGUCAUAUCAAUUACGGUACCGCCAAAACCUACGGCACCACCACGCAGGUGAACAGCGGCUGGCCCAACGGCUGGGAUAAAAGAGAAGAGUUUGUACAAGAAGAAGGACAAGCGUCAUACCAAUUAAAAGAAGACGGAGACUACUCCUAACUCAAGUUGUAGCUAGUUAUUAAAUUUUUCAUAGUGUCUGUGGUCAAAUUCAUCGUAGUGUUUGCACACAAGUGGUGGAUCAUUUGAAAACACAUCAUGUCAUACAUGAAGAUAAGAUCCGGCUUUGAUUACAAGCAACAAAACCGAGUGGACAAGAACAAUACAUCGGCUUGGCACCAUCAUCCAUGGAAUCAUCUCUGGAGUUCAUUUUAGAAUGCCAUUACCGAAAACAUUGCCACCAUUGAUGCAGUAUCCUAGAAGGUCAAAGCACACUUAGAUAUAGCACAGCGGAAGUAUCUCCAACAAAGACAAACCGGACAAUAAAUACUCCCUCUAACAGGUAAACAUCUGAAACAAUGUUGCCAAAUCUUUUCUGGGUCAUUUGAGACUUUAAAGAAAAAAAAAUAUUCGUAGCUCUCUACAAGACUGAUGGUAGUCAACCAAUGAGACUUACUCGUAGUCAACCAUCGACACUGACUCGUAGUCAACCAUCGACA